CAGCCGGAGCCCCUCGUUUUCCCUCUCCCCGGCGUGACGGCGUCCUUCCUCGCUGCCGCCCCUCCCCACCCUCCGGAUCCCCGUAUAUAAACGCGUCCCGCCUCGCCUCGCCUCGCCUCGCCAUUGCCGCAACAGCACAGCUCAGUUCCAACCAAGAAGCCAACUGCCAUAACAAACAAGCCAUCCCAACAAGAAAGAAGACAGACAGCGUCCGGAAGCUCGAGGGCGAAGAUGAGCGGCUCGUCGCUGAGCAAGAAGGCGUCGUCGUUCGUGGUGACGGCGAGCAUGAGCGCCGUGGAGGCGCUCAAGGACCAGGCGGGGCUGUGCCGCUGGGACUACGCGCUCCGGUCGCUCUACCAGCGCGCCGCCGCCGCCAAGCAGGUCACCGGCCGCGCCGUCCCGGUAUCGCUGUCGUCGCAGACCGGCGCCGGCAACGGCGGCGCGGCGUCCGCCGCCGCCGCCUGCGGCAGGGCUACCAGGUCAAAGAGGUCGGAGGAGGAGAAGCUGCAGAAGGCUUAUCACCUCGUCUGCUGGGGACCUAAUUGAUCAGCUCUUCGUCUACUGUUUUUCGUUUCCAAAAUUUGUUUCUCCUCAUUUCUGGUGUGUAAAUCGAGCCUAUAGCUGCAGGAUUUUUUGUACUUUGAUCUGUUUCCAUGUACUACUCCCAUCUGAUUUUGAUGGAAGAUUGCUAAGUGGAGUAAAAAUCAACAAGAUGCGAUUUUUUUCACGAAUUAAUUACCUCUUCUCUGCUGGCUCAUCCAUCAUCUGU